GUUUUCCUAUUUCUUUGCCUAACGGUGACUCUAAUAUGUGCAAAAGAAGUUUCACUCUCUGAAUUGGACCCAACAUGUACUUGGAGGGAAAAUUCUGGAUUAUUUUCUGUUUUAGAAGCCUUUAGAAGGUUGCCUGCUGGAAUGGUUUCCGUGCUUCUUGUGACAUCUCUCACUUGGCUGGCAUGGUUUCCUUUUCUUCUUUACGACACUGACUGGAUGGGCCGAGAAAUCUUUGGCGGCAAUCCCAACGGAACAAAAAUUGAAAUUGAUGCUUACACCCUUGGUGUCAAAUAUGGCGCAUUUGGCUUGCUUCUUAACUCGAUUGUUCUUGGCGUUAGCUCAAUGUUUCUUGAGCCCAUAUGCCGGAAAUUUACCUCAAGGGUUGUUUGGGUCCUAGGCAACUUCGCUCUCUUCUUUGCCAUGGCUGUCAAUACAGCUCUAAUUCUUAUUUCCAAGAAGUUAUACGCUGAAAACAUGAAUGCUGUAGCCGGAGAACUUAAUGGAGUGAAAAUAGCAGCUUUGGUUAUCUUCGCGGCUCUUGGAUUUCCACUAGCUAUCUUGUUCAGCAUUCCUUUCGCCAGUGCGGCGCAGCUCGCCAUGAAUGAUGGAGGCACCAGACAAGGACUAUGCCUUGGUAUUUUGAACAUCUCCAUUGUCAUUCCACAGGUGAUCGUUUCUCUUGGUGCUGGUCCAUGGGAUGCUCUCUUUGGCACUGGUAACAUCCCAGCCUUUGCUCUAGCUUCAGUCCUUGCUCUAUCUGGUGGCUUCAUUGCCCUUGCGGUUUUGCCAACGCCCCCUAAAUUGUCCAAUAAUUAUGGAUAUGGGCCCGUGCAGUAAUUGUCGACGAAAUAACAUGCAGAAAAAAAAUAAAAGCUGUAUUUAUAUGAUUUGAUAAGAAAAUUAUAUAAUAUAUUUAUCUAUAACAAUGAUCAAUAAGCCCACCAUCUGAGGAGGCAAGAAAGGUAAACAUUUAAGCAAAUCAAUCUCAUUUUAAUGCAAUAAUAUCAUCCUUUGAAUAUCAUGAAGUCCCAAUUUGUUGUUUGGUGGGAUAAAUUGGUCCUUCCCUAAGUUUUAAUGAAUUUGCCUUUCUGUUGAAGAUGUGUGGAAAUGAAGGAAAAAAAAUGCGUUUUCUUUUUUUUUUUUUUGUUGUAAAUUUAAAAGCCAUAUGACAGUCUAUCUCAUUGGAUUUUACAUGCACAUAAACAAUCGGUGAUGUAUAAUGCUGUUUGAUUGUUACCAAUUGAUGAUGCGGAUGCUA